CCGUACCUCCUUCUUCGCCCCUUGCUGCCCCCGGUCUUCCGAAAGCCCACCAGGCCAAGGGCAGACAACUUUCCUGGCCCCCACACCCCACACCUCAUCCUCCUCUUUCUACGCCCCCCUCCAUCCCCAGGCCAGCACGACCCAGCGCAUCCCCUAGCGUCCCAGUCUGCGGCAUCCUCCGGGUACCUCCUGCCCGAGGGUUCUCCGAGCGCCGCGCGCUCUGCAGGCCGCCGGGCAAGUCCAGGUGCAUCGCAUUGCGUGUAGUCGCUUCUAGUCCCGUCCCGUCCUCCCGGCAGCCGCUCCCUGGCGCGAUGCCAUUCCUCGGGCAGGACUGGCGUUCCCCGGGACAGAACUGGGUGAAGACUGCGGAUGGCUGGAAGCGGUUCCUGGACGAGAAAAGUAGUGGCUUCGUGAGCGACAUCAACAGUUACUGCCCCAAAGACGUGCACAACAAGGAGAAUCUUUUCAACAGUCUGAACUAUGAUGUUGUGGCCAAGAAAAGAAAGAAGGACCUGAUGAACAGCAAAACCAAAAUUCAGUAUUUCCACCAGGAAAAAUGGAUCUACGUUCACAAAGGAAGCACUAAGGAACGCCAUGGAUACUGUACAUUGGGAGAAGCUUUCAACAGGCUUGACUUCUCCACUGCUAUUCUGGAUUCCAGAAGGUUCAACUACGUUGUGCGGCUGUUGGAACUGAUAGCGAAAUCACAGCUCACUUCCCUGAGUGGCAUUGCCCAAAAGAACUUCAUGAACAUUUUGGAAAAAGUUGUGCUGAAAGUCCUUGAAGACCAACAAAAUAUCAGAUUGAUAAGAGAGUUGCUGCAGACCCUCUACACAUCCUUGUGUACCCUGGUCCAAAGGGUAGGCAAGUCUGUUCUUGUCGGGAACAUUAACAUGUGGGUGUACCGAAUGGAGACCAUUCUACAUUGGCAGCAGCAGCUGAACAACAUCCAAAUCACCAGGCCUGCUUUCAAAGGCCUCACCUUCACAGACCUGCCUUUGUGUUUACAACUGAACAUCAUGCAAAGGCUGACGGAUGGAAGGGACCUUGUCAGCUUGGGCCAGGUGGCCCCAGAUCUGCACCUGCUCAGUGAAGACCGGUUGCUAUGGAAGAAACUCUGCCAAUAUCAUUUCACAGAGAGACAGAUUCGCAAGCGAUUAAUUUUAUCUGAUAAAGGACAACUGGAUUGGAAGAAGAUGUAUUUUAAGCUUAUCCGAUGUUACCCAAGGAAAGAGCAAUAUGGAGACACACUGCAGCUCUGCAAACAUUGCCAUAUCCUUUCUUGGAAGGGAACCGAUCAUCCAUGUACAGCCAAUAAUCCAGAGAGCUGCUCUGUCUCUCUGUCGCCCCAGGACUUUAUCAACUUGUUCAAGUUCUGAGCCCUCACAUGGGACAGCCCUUGAGAAUGUCCAGUUCUCAUGAGAUGCUUUGUAAUACCCAAUAUGGACACUUCCAUUGUAAAUAGUGUACAUUUUUAUGUUGUUUUGAAAUUCCUGAGUUGAGUAAAUGACAGACAGGACCCUGGAGGAGAAAGAUGAAAUUGCUGACUGGCUAUUUAGGAUCAUGGACUUUCUUAAUAGAACUAGUGUGGAAAAACAGUCAGACUGUAAAUAAACUUUUUUAAAAAAUGAUUAGCCAGCAAGGCUAUAGCAGCAUCAGUGCUAUAUUUCAGAAGUCACAUUGAAUUUGCCUUAUGUGCUCUGAAACCCCUAUUUGAUUUCCAAAGAUUGGGAAAGCAUCAAAGUUGAAUUGAUAAUAGAACAACCUUGACCUGUUUACAAGAUGGAAAUUUGGGAAGAAACAGCAUAUCCAGAUGAAAAAGUCAAUGUUUUGGUUUUCUAGUUGGGUUUGUGGUUCUUUGUUGUUGUUAUUAACUGUCAUUGUCUUAAAGCAAUGGAAAAACCCAUUUAACAGAUCUGAACAUUUCUUAAGCCUAUAUUGUAUAAAAGGCCAUAUCCUGCAACGUGAAAUUCACCACACCAUUUUCUACCUCUGACAUCAUAAAAUGCUUUUUUUCAGCACACACACAUACACAGCACGUUCUCUGCUGCACAUUGUAAAUUUUCAUGUCUAUUUUUAAUCACUGUAAAAGUGACUUAAAGGAGAAAAUAUCGACCACAAAGUUUUUCUUAUUUUGAGCUUACUUAAUCAGAGGAGUAGGAUAGUCUUUGGAGUUGCCUCUUGAAUGGGAAAUCUAAAAUACUAGGUUCAAAAUGCUUUUUUUUUUCAUGCCACUCACUGUGGAGAGAACAGCAGGACAGAAAUCCACUUCUGCAGCUCAGCUAUAGAAACUGGAGAACUACUGAUGAAGAAACUGAGGCUGAAAGAAGUAAAGAGGGUCCAUAAUAACCCAUGUCCAGGAAAAGACUUAUUCCUGUUUGUCUUCAGGGUAUUUCUUAUGCUUGCUCCAUCCCAAGUACCUUCAUAAAACAGCAUAGUUCAAUUGAUAAGCUGAAUCCUGGAAGGAUUAUGUGUUCCUGUGGCCUUACCAAGCAAAUCCCAAAUAUCUAUGGGCUGAUUCAGAUAUAUUACCAGUUCCCUUGCCCUUGGAAGUUUACUGAUCAUUAAAUCAAUCUUCUCCUC